GCCAGAUAUGAUUGGAAAAUAUCAUUUCUUUUUUCUAUCCAGUCUCUACUACAGAAUGCGCUUGCAUACUCUUCCAUUUCUGCUUUUACUGACGCUUACGGUCACUGUCACUCGUGCGUGGGUUUAUGAUCCUCAUCGAAGAAGACCUGAUGAUGCGGAUCCAAUGAGGAGAUCGAGCGUGGAAGCUGAACAAAGACCGGAACUUCUUAACAAAAGAUUAAUAGGCAAAUUACCGUUUUUCGAGAGUGCACAACCAGCUCAUCUGAAGAACAAAAGGUUGGAAGCCCUUCCCAUUAGGCCACACCGACGAGAGGGGCAGAAGAAAAGGUUGGAAGCCUUGCCACCCUAUACAAAAGCUGUAGCACAAGUCAAUCACAAGAAAAGGAAGACAAAAGUACCACCUCCAAGCGGCAAUGGGCCACAAUCGAAGAGAGAUGGGAAUGAACCAACUUCUGGUGUUGACACAACAAUAGCACACAAAAGAGGAGGUGAAUUACCAUUAAUUGGCCCCCACAAAACAGUCGAUACGCAUGACCCAGCCCCAUAA